AUGACGAUCCUGCUAAGGGAAGAACUGGCCACUCUGCAUCGUCAAGUAGAGCAGCUGGGACGUUCGCUACAACCAAACAUCACGCCUGCACCUAACAAUUAUCGAGCACCUCCCACGCACACACCCGGACCCAACAGAACUUUACCACAUUCCACGACCAGCUCCAGAUCAAACGAUCCCGGAGAUGACUCCUCCGGAUACAGCAAGGUCAAACAACAGCCGAAUGAGCAAUCGGACAGAUUUAUCGAUGGUAAAAACAAAACAGCAAGAAUAAUUGAGCACAAUAAUGAACAUCACAUAAUCGAUGAUAGUGAAGCACAAAAAGCUAACGAGCCUACACAUGAACAAAAUGAAUCAGACGGUCAAAUUAUUACCAAUAAAUUAGAGGAGGAAAUUGAAUACCAAAAUAAUGCAACAGUAGAGCAACCUGUCGUUGUGCAAGACCAACACGGAGAUCAGAAUUACAGCGAAGAUAACUACGAAAAUUACGAUCAAAGUUAUGAACAUGCUCCAGUUGAAACGGAUUACAACCAAGAAUACGAACAAAAUCAGGAUCAACACGGCGAGAAUUAUGAGCAACAAAAUUAUGCAGAGCCUCAGUAUGAAAACUACGAACAGUAUCCUCAGCAAUACACUGAUCCAAAUGCACAAUAUGAUACCCAAUAUGAAAAUUAUGCUGAGGAUGGUAAUCUCCAAGAACACAUGGAUCAUUCGCAAUAUAAUCCCGAAUAUUCAUCUGAGUAUCAAGAGGUCCAACCUAGUGAAACAGAAACCCUACCACCUGACUCUAUACAUCCUGAAAAUAUUCAUUCCGAACAAUCCGAAUUUCCAACACAGUCUGAAAGCAAAAGAAAUAGUCCGAAAAAAACUGAACCAAAUGAAAGUUAG